AAAUAUUCAAUAAAUACUAGUAGAACACAUUUAAAAGAACAUACUAUAAAGUGUCCUAAUUCUCCACUAAUGGAUACCCAGAAUGAUGCGUUCCAGCAGAUUACAAAAGAAGAGAUAGAUAAGUUAAUAGUUAACUUGAUUGUUAGAACAGGAAUGUCCUUCAAUGUUCUUGAAAAUCCAUUAUUCCAUAAAAUGGCUAGAAAUCUUCAAUAUAUUAAAAAGUCAUACAAAGUCCUACAUCCAACUACAAUAUCACGCUAUAUUAGUGGAAAUAUAUUUAAUUUAAGAUUCAAUUUCAUUAAAAAUAUUCUAACUAAAUCCUCUGGACAAAUAUCACUAACAUGUGAUAGGUGGCAUUCGACUAUUCAUAAAUGUCAUUACAUUGUUAUUACAGGAUCAUGGAUUAGUGACAAUUGGAAAAUAGUCAAUAUAAUUUUAAGUUUUCAACAAUCAGGCCAAACAGCAAAUAAAAUAUUAUCAGUAAUUAAAAACACCUUAGAUGAGUAUUCCAUUAAAGAAAAAAUAUUUGCACUCACUAUAGAUAAUACUACUACAAAUAAAGCUAUAAAACAAUCUAAUUCAAUCUCUAAUGUAAUAAUAAUUAUAUUAGAAAUUUGUCAACAUAUUAAUCAAACUAGAAAUAAUGAUAUAACCUACAAAAUAAAAAAAAAAUUUGAAAAAUAUUGGAAUGUAAUAAUUGACCAUGUAAUAAUUGCUUAUGUUCUUGAUCUAAGGUAUAAGCUGAAUUACUUAAAAAUAAUUUUAAUUCAAAUUAGUAGAUAUAGUGAAAGUGAUGCAGAACUAUUUAUUGAUAAUAUUCAGCAAAAGAUUAUUUCUAAUAGAAUUAAAUUUAGUAUCGCAGAAUCUUCAAAUGUUGAAACUGUUAAGGAUAACUAUUCUAGUUUUUUAUUUCCUAGAAAAAUUUUAAAUAAACGAAGACACAUAGGUACAAUAGAAUAUGAGUUAGAAUUAUACGAAAAAGAGCCUCUUGAAAAAAUGGUACAAGAUUAUUUAAGUAUCAAGCUAUUAAGUGUUUUUAGUGAGAGAAUAUUUUCAAAAGCUAGUUUUACAAUCACUAAUGAUAAAGCAAAUAUUAGUGAAAAAGCUGUUUCUAGCAUA